UCGCGGCUGCCCUCCCCAUCAGCCGCCCUCGCUGCCGCGGUGCGCUGGCUGCAGGAAGCCUCCGCGCCGCCGCUUUUGUUGUCAGGGAUCCCGCGAGGAUCGCCGCUUGCCAGCUGCCGCCGUCGCCGUCUCUCUCUGCAGCCUGCUCUCCGGCCGCCGGUCCCGGGCGCCCCGCCCGCCCCGCCCAUGAGGGGGCCCCGCGACCACCGCUGCCUCCAGCCCGGGGCGGCGCGGCGCUGAGGCGGAGGCAGAGGCGGAGCUGCCCCCUCUGCGGGAAGCAGUCGGCCUCGGCCCCCUCCUUGAGGGCAUCAUGGAGGUGAAUGCGGGAGGUGUAAUUGCCUAUAUCAGUUCUUCCAGCUCAGCCUCUAGCCCUGCCUCGUGUCAUAGUGAUGGCUCUGAGAAUAGUUUCCAGUCCUCCUUCUCUUCUGUUCCGUCUUCUCCAAAUAGCUCCAAUUCUGAUAACAAUGGUAAUCCCAAAAGUGGUGAUCUCUCCAAUAUUGAAGGCAUUCUGAAGAAUGAUCGAAUAGACUGUUCUAUGAAAACAAGCAAGUCGAGUGCACCUGGGAUGACGAAGAGUCAUAGUGGAGUGACAAAAUUUAGUGGCAUGGUUCUACUGUGUAAAGUCUGUGGAGACGUGGCAUCAGGAUUCCAUUAUGGAGUUCAUGCUUGUGAAGGCUGUAAGGGUUUCUUUCGGAGAAGCAUUCAGCAAAACAUCCAGUACAAGAAGUGCCUGAAGAAUGAAAACUGUUCUAUAAUGAGAAUGAAUAGGAACAGAUGUCAGCAGUGUCGCUUCAAAAAGUGUCUGUCUGUUGGAAUGUCGAGAGAUGCUGUUCGGUUUGGUCGUAUUCCUAAGCGUGAGAAACAGAGGAUGCUAAUUGAAAUGCAGAGUGCAAUGAAGACCAUGAUGAACAGCCAGUUCAGUGGUCAUUUGCAGAAUGACGCAUUAGUAGAACAUGAACAGACAGCCUUACCAGCCCAGGAACAGCUGCGACCCAAGCCCCAGCUGGAGCAAGAAAACAUCAAAAGCUCUUCUCCUCCCUCUUCUGAUUUUGCAAAGGAAGAAGUAAUUGGCAUGGUGACCAGAGCCCACAAGGAUACCUUUAUGUAUAAUCAAGAGCAGCGAGAAAACUCAGCAGAGACCAUGCAGCCCCAACGAGAACGGAUUCCCAAGAACAUGGAGCAGUAUAAUUUAAACCAUGACCAUUGUGGCAAUGGGCUUAGCAACCAUUUUCCUUGUAGUGAGAGCCAGCAGAAUCUCAAUGGACAGUAUAAAGGGAGGAACAUAAUGCAUUACCCAAAUGGGCAUGCCAUUUGUAUUGCAAAUGGACAUUGUAUGAACUUCUCCAAUGCUUAUACUCAAAGAGUAUGUGAUAGAGUUUCGAUAGAUGGAUUUUCUCAGAAUGAGAACAAGAAUAGUUACCUGUGCAACAAUGGAGGGAGAAUGCAUCUGGUUUGUCCAAUGAGCAAGUCUCCAUAUGUGGAUCCUCAUAAAUCGGGGCAUGAAAUCUGGGAAGAAUUUUCAAUGAGCUUCACCCCAGCAGUGAAAGAAGUGGUCGAAUUUGCAAAGCGUAUUCCUGGAUUUAGAGAUCUCUCUCAGCAUGACCAGGUCAAUCUUUUAAAGGCUGGGACUUUUGAGGUUUUAAUGGUUCGGUUUGCUUCAUUGUUUGAUGCAAAGGAGCGUACUGUCACCUUUUUAAGUGGAAAGAAGUAUAGCGUGGAUGACUUACACUCAAUGGGAGCUGGGGAUCUGCUAAACUCUAUGUUUGAGUUUAGUGAGAAGCUGAAUGCCCUCCAGCUUAGUGAUGAAGAGAUGAGUUUGUUUACAGCAGUUGUCCUGGUAUCUGCAGAUCGAUCUGGAAUAGAAAACGUCAACUCUGUGGAGGCUUUGCAGGAAACCCUCAUCCGUGCACUAAGGACCUUAAUAAUGAAAAACCAUCCAAACGAGGCCUCUAUUUUUACAAAACUUCUUCUAAAGUUGCCAGAUCUUCGAUCUUUAAACAACAUGCACUCUGAGGAGCUCUUGGCCUUUAAAGUUCACCCCUAAGGCCUUUGUUUAUUUAAACAUGAACUGAAUCAUGCUAACUGUACAUUUUGUGCUAAAAUGCUUAUUUAUAUGUGUAUACAAUACGUGGAGAUAGAAAAGACCUUUAAGACAAUACAAGAUUGUAGGCUUUCUCUGUAGUCAUGCAGUAGCUGUUUGGAUUGAGAUUUUCUUUUAGCCAUGAUUAGACAUUGACUGCAUUUCCCUGAUAGACCAGUCAGCUGUGUCUCACUUAAACUGGAGAAGUUACACUGAAUUAUAGUUACACUGAAUGUUAGACUUUUUCAUCUGCCAAAACCAAAAACCAUUUUGAUCUCCCUGUGGUAUAAAUAUAACAAGUAUAUGAGGACUUAAAAAUUAAUCCUUUGUGGUAGAAGUUCUAUUGUAUGAUGGAAACUUGAUUUUACCACAAGACUAUUUGAUCUGGUAAUUGGAGACUUUGUAGUGUAGGAGAUUUCCCUGUCUGUAUUUACUCUGCCACUGUUAAAGUAUAUGAUCCUGCACAGAGUAGUUGGCUCUGGAAAAUGAGAAUUGAUAGUGUUCCCAACACCUCACCUCACAGAGAUACUAAAAAAUGUCUAUAAAGCAUAUUUACCUCUUGGGAGAUAGGCACUAUGUAAAUAAGGUAAAAUUUUUGUUACUAUUAAUCAUUAUAAUAAUCUUUUCUGAUUUGUAAGCAUUUCUGGGAAAUCAUUUCACAGUUCACACAUCAAUCUAUUAUUCAGGGUUCCUGCCUAUGUGUGGGGUAUCAUCCUGGCACACACAUAUUCAGAGUUUCUGGGUACAUCAAAUACGUAGUAUGUGUACAUAAUAUGUAUGUGAAUAUAGUUAUACAUAAAUAUGUUUCUUCACAAUAUUUUAAACUGUGAAGAACUUUAUCAUACAAUAAACUUAAAACAAGGGUGUCAGAAGACCCGAAUUAGGUGCAUUAUACCUGUUGAUGACAUAACCAUUGCUUUAAAUGUUUAGGCAGUAGAAUAUUGAAAUUUAUGCUCUAUUUUUGUUUAAGCAACACUUAAUGUAAAAGUGCAACAGACAGUUGAGUCCAAAUUUUAAAAAAAUAGGUAUUUUAGAGUUCAUCUUUGGUAAAACUUUUGGUUCAAGGUACUAGUUGUUUAAAAGUUUAUUCAGAUUCUUACCUUGAGCUAAAAAAGUUUACAUUGCUGCCCUUUAUACACAUGCUCCAGCUUGAUAAAUGUUUUGAUUCUUUUUGGAGAACCAGUCAAUGUUUAAGAAAAUCGUUUAGUAUGUUGGUGUGUGUGUGUGCAAGUGUGUUGUGAGUCUACUUUUCCCCUCUGAAUAACACUACAGGGAUUUUGUCAAAUUAGAUUUACUCUAUAAUUUGGUAAAUUAUUUCAUAUGUGACCUACAGGUUUAGAAGUGGUAUAGUCAGAAACAUUUCAUUCACAUUUCUAAUAUUGUGCUUUAUUAGAUAGAUAAGAUCAACCUCUGUUUAUGGCAGUAGGACAAAUAGCCAAAGUUGAGGAUUUUAUGUAUUUUCUUUUUUUGUUUCCCUAGAAAAUAACAAUUAAUUGUGUUUUGGGAGGCAGUUAGGAUUGUCUUCUGUAAAGUUUUUGGAUUAUAUAAAUUUGCAAAAAUGAAAAGAACCCACUUUACUUGACUCAGCCUGUUUAAUGACAUGUGAGCAGAAUGCCUUAUUUUGUAAUCUUGUUUAACUUGUUGCUAUGGGGACUUGAAUUCCUGUGGCACUAGUUAAGUAAGUUAAAAAUAAAGUUAAACCCUCUCAUUAUUAAAGAGGAAAGGUGAUGGUGAUGUCUGUAAUAAAAUAUAAACCAUAAUUGUGAUUUACCUUAAAUAGGUAUGACUUUUAUGGGAUAUACAGUAUAGUUUUUGUGAAUUCUUUACAUGAUAGCAUUAUCUUUUUAUAAUUUUUUUUCCUAAGACAAAUGCAUAGUUUUCUUCUAUGGGGGAUAGAAACAGCUUUUUGAAGUAAUACUGAAAACCUCAAAGAUCAUCUUGAAUUCUUAGUUUUUGCCUUUUGCAUAAAUGUCUUUAUAACAUGUAUCUUUAAAACAAUUACUAAGUCUUUAGGAAUGUGUAACCAGAACUAUGUUAGUAUUGCUUAUAAAACCUUAGGUUCAAUAUAUACAUGUAUACAUCUAUGUAUAGAUAUAUAGAUUUGCAUUUUGUCUUGUAAAAUUUUAUUUGAAUGAAUUCCUGUAGGUAAUGGGAAACAAAAUUAGUAGUUCAUAUGCCACUCAUUGCAUUUCUAUAUUUGAAAAUAGCCCAACAUUGAAACUUCCAAUUCUAAAAUUAAACCAGCAGCCUAUUACAAGCACAUUCUUUGAUUGGGACAUUGGUUAUAAACUUACUAAAUGCAGAGAGGACAACCAGUUCUAGGAAACUUCUGAGUUGGUGGGACACUGUUGAUUAAUUAAUAAUGUACUGUAUGAAUUAAGUGAUGCUUUAACUCUGAUUUUUACAUUUUAAAGUUAAAAUACGGGCAUUAUGGCAGCAAACUUAAGGGCAUUAUGUCAGCAAGUAAAAACUUUUUUUUCUGUGCUUUUAAUGUGUCUCUUUACACCAUCUGAGAAGAGGGUUCAGCCUUUUAGAGAGAAGUAGCUGAGGGAAAGGGGUAAUAUCUUGGAAAGAAGCUUUUCCUUAUGGCAAUGGUUUAAUCACAGAUUAAUAAGAAGGAAAUUUCAGUGGAUUAAGUGUAUAGCUUUCAUAUCUACAUUUCAAGAAAUUACCAUUGUAACUUGAUAUGAUUUAUUUUAUGUAAGCAUCAUUGCAAAGCAAGGUGUAGAAGCUCAGCUAGAUUUAUUACUGUGCACGAGAGUAAGUACCUAUCUCAGUUAUACUUUUUCUUUUCCAAUAAAGUUUGCUGAAUGUACAAGAAGAGUUUAUCACUUAGGAUAUAGGUUUUUUUUAGGGGUUGGGGGGAUGGGCUCUGUCAGGAAAUGACCUAUAAACAAUGAUUACCUUGAUUUGAUCUGAAACAAAACUUGAAGCUAUUCUUAAACUAACAUGGAGAAAUAAAAUGGCUAUUGUUUUAAAAAAAUGAUAGAAAUAUAUUGUUGACGAUGUGAAUUAAGUUUAUUUUCUACAAACUGUUAUUGAUGAGGACAUGGAUAUUACCUUCAUGUUUCUGAAAAGUAAUCUGUACCUGGGGGGAGGGGAUAAUAAAUGUUAUUUCUAACCAAGUGUGGUUUUUGGUAUCUUUCUAUCGAUGUUUUUGUAAGACGGUUUGUAAUUUAAAUUAGUACUUUCCCCUGAACAUAGCAGGAUCUCUUCUUAAAAAAUUUAUUGUUGACACUAUUACAGAUGUCCCCAUUUUCCCCAUUUGCCCACCUCCACCCAGCCUCUCUCCCCCCUUCCCUCCAGCCAGCACCACACUGUUGGCUGUGUCUCGGCAUCAUGCAUAUGUCCUUUGGCUGUCCAGUUCAUCCCCCUUCCUCUCUGACAGCUGUCAGUCUGUUCCGUGUAUCCACCCUCCUGAUUUUAGAUUCCAUAUAUAAAUGAGAUCGUCUGGUAUUUGUCUUUCUCUGACUGGCUGAUUUCCCUUGGCAUCAUAAUCUCCAGGUCCAUUCAUGCUGUUGGAGAAGGUAGGAGUUCCUUUUUUACAGCCUCAGUAUUCCAUGGUGUAAAUGUACCACAGCUUUUUUUUUUUUAUCCAUUCAUCUACCGAUGGGCGCUUGGGCUGUUUCCAGGUCUUGACUAUUGUAAAUAACACUCAUAGCUGGAUCGCUUAUGUAAAUCUCUAAUUUAGCAUAGGGAAAUGUCUGUAUACAGAGCUUUUUUUUGAAAGAUGGUUUUAGAGUUAGAGAUUCCAGCAAGGAUUGUUGCUAUUUUCUAUAAUGCCAGCUGAUAGUGGUUCACUGUACGUGCUAAGGUAGUCUUUCUGGGAAGGAGUUGGUGAGAGAGGAAGGGGGGACUUGAUCUAGUCAAGAGUCAUCCUUGGCCAUGAAAGGGGUGAGAUCCCUCAGCAAGACCACCUCCCUCUGCCCCCUUUCCUUUCCCAGUGGCUGUGGCCACGGUGAAGUAAAGGCAGUUGGUUCAAUUCGCAUUCCCUGUGUGUGUUUCCCAGACUGGUAAUAUCCACUACUUUUCUGUAGAUACUAAUUGAUGUUGGGAGUAAUGGGCUUUGAUUAAACUGGGAAAUGCUAGGAUAAACAAGGUUACCGAUGUGUCUUUAUGUCAGUCCCCAGCUCUAAUGUGUGAAUGUGCAUUGUGAAUCCUUUAAGGAAGUGUUAAUGGGAUGCAGUUUUCCCCAAACUUCCUCCACCAAGUACCCCCCCUUCCUUUUUUUCUAUACUGAGCUCUUCGGGCUUCUUGGAAAGAGUGCUUCCAGGACAAAAAAAACCUUGUUAGCCACGUUGGAUGUUGAUCAUACUCUGUGGAUUGUAUAAAUGUACAUUGUAUUUUGUCCCCCUUUUUACACAGUACAACAGGAAACGUUGAGCUCUAAAUAAACGUAUGGUUGAUGGAAAACAAAACAGGUUAAAUUCCUUCUGCAUUUUGGAAAUGCUGCAUGUGAAUAGAGACAGACAAUUCAUGGAUCUGGUUUUACUUUUUAUGCUCGGUUGGGCCUUUGAAAUUUGUGACAUGACUUUCCUUAAUUAGUAGUCUGUCUAAAAGUUUAAUGACAACUCUGACCUGUGCACUGGUAGCCAUGUGAAGGUUGCUCUUCACAGUGUGAAAGUUGGUUGCUCUGGGAUGAUUUUUCAGACACCAGAGUAUCAGAGUCACUUAGAACAACACUCUAGAUUGAACGGGUGUAGUAGCUGCAAGGGCAGUCUUGGAGGGAGCUCAGAACCUGCCCAGGAUGCUUUUAUAUAGGGUGCUUUCCCCACAGAACUCUCAAGAGGAGCUCACGUGGUUAACCUGAAUCACACAUCCUAAGGAGCAUUCUCCAUCCAUCCCCCAGAAGGAGAGAAAGCAAAAACCCAUUCCUAGGAUUUUUGCCACAACCACCUCUUUCAAUUGUCACUUUUCUCUUGAAUUUGAACCCGGAGUUACUCUCCUACAUUUUGGUGGGGGUGGGGGCAGCUUGAAAUAGGAUAAUCUGAUCUGGUGUUUGACAUGAACACGAAGUACCAGAUGCUCUUGUUGACUUUUGGCGAGUGGGAUGGGGAAAAUAUAGCAGUUUUUGGUAAAAUCCUUAAUGGUUUAAUUUGUUUAUUUCAAGAGAAUUUUUUUUACAAUCUAUGCUUUUUUUCCAUGCUCUGAAAAUUAGUAUUUCCGCCACAUUUUAAUAUAAAUAAGAUUAAUGUUUUUAAAAAGGACUCAAAUACCAAAUACCCAAGGUGAAUGUGGUGGUCCUAAAUUUUUUCCCUUCAUUUUCUUACUGAUGCCCAUAAAACUGAACAUG